UAUUAAAAUAUUUGGUGAUUAUCUGACAAUAAAUUAUAUUUAAUUUUUUUAAUUGAGAAAAAAUAAUUGAAAAUUAAUAAGAAAAUAUGAUACAAAGAACAAAAAUGAAAUUAGAAGUGCCUGAUGGUGGAUGGGGUUGGAUGGUUGUACUUGGUGUAGCUGCCACGAAUAUGUUUAACCAAUCAUUAAUAUCUUUAUUUGGAUUAAUUUUUGGUGAAGAAUUAGAAAACAUGGGCCAUGGUACUAGUGGGGCAGCAUUUGUAAUGAAUUCGAUGAGUGUUGUUACAAAUUUUUCCGGGUUCAUUACCGGACCAGUAAUAAAAAAAUAUUCUUAUCGAAAAGUUGCCAUAACUGGAAGUUUAUUAACAUCAAUUGGUUUAAUAUUAUCAAGUCAAGCGACAUCACUUUGGCAAAUUUUCUUGUCGUAUAGUAUUAUUUCAGGUUUAGGCUUAGGAUUAAUUGCACCAUCGUCAUUUGUGGCUGUGAACACAUACUUUUCGAAACGACGAGGUCGAGCUGUUGGUAUGGCAAUGGCCGGUACUGGAUUAGGACAAAUGUUAAUGCCGCAUGUUGUACGAAUUUUAUUGGAUGAAUACGGAUACCGUGGUACAACAUUAAUUAUUGGUGGUUUGGCAUUAAAUGGUGUUGUGGGAUCAUCAUUAUUUCAGCCAAUUAACUGGCAUAUGAAAACGAUCGAUGAACAUGUAUUACUCUUAAAAGAUAAUGAAAAAAUAGUGAAUUUUUCAACUAGUAAUAAGUCCGAGAAAUAUCAAAAUAAUAAUGCAUCGAAAAAUGUUGUUAUCGCUUUACAACAUUCAAGUACAAAUGAUACAAAAGUGGAGGUUGAAAGGAGUAUUUCAAUUGAUAGUCCUUCUAAAGCGUUAAUUAGUAGACAAACAUCGGAAGCAAAACCCUCUUUAUGGCAACGUUUUGUUACAAUAUUGGAUCUAAAUUUAUUAAAAGAUCCGAUAUUUUUAAGUAUCACAUUCGGUUUAUCGAUUGUAUACUCAGCUGGUAUAUAUUUUAGCAUGUUAUUUCCGUUUUUCUUACAAGAAGGUCCCCCAAGAUUAUCACGUGGUGAAACGGCCACAUGUAUGAGUGUUUUAGCUGGUGCUGAUAUUGUAUCACGACUGACUUUACCAAUGCUUACAUAUAAAUUGGGUAUUGGUGCGCGGACGACAUUCUUUUUUGGAACAUUUGCAUUGGCUUUUGCACGGAGUUCAAUUGCAUUUCAAGAUGAAUAUGUAAUGAUUAUAAUUUGUUCGUUAAUAACUGGUUAUAUUCGAGCUGGAACAGUUGUUAAUCAAAAUUUAACCAUAUCGGAAUAUUGUUCUCAAGACCAAUUACCAUACGCACUUGGAUUAAAUAUGGUUAAUAAAGGAUUAGUUGUUAUAACAUUAGGUCAAUUUUUAGGUUGGCUACGAGAUUAUAGUGGCAGUUUUCAAAUUAGUAUUUAUGUAUCGAAUUUAUUUUUAAUUUUUGUAUUUAUAAUGUGGUUACCUGAAAUGUGUUGGAAAGCGAUUAAAAAAUAAUAACUCGAAAUAAAUAUAUUUAUUUCGUACCAUAUAUAUCCCCGAAAAAUAAAAAUUCCAUAACUAUCAACAAUAACCUGCACUUAAGUUGAAUCGAUCUAAUUCACAAAAGCUCUUACGAGAAUCGUUACUACUCAAAAGUUAUCGCCAAGAGAAUGCAGCUGCUUCUAAUACUACUUGACAUUCUGGAACAUCUUAGAAACGAACAAUUUCAUUAAAUGAAUUGGAUUUUUUGGACACAGAUAAUCAGUGAAAAUAAUCAAAAAUUGCGACCGAAAAAAGGAAUGGAUAUAACACCUGAAAAAACUUUAAUCGACAAUUUUAUCGUAAACUUAACAAUCCAAAAAAUACGAAUAUCGUGGAAAGUUUAACGAUAAACAAAUUUUGAUAUAUGUAUCAGCUGACAUCUUACCAGAGACAUAAUAUCAUGAAUACAAGUGAUGUUCCAAUUGACAAACGAACUUAACUUGGCAGUUCAAGGAUUUUCAUUUUCAUUGAGUUUUUCCAAUAGAGAAUUUGCAUUAA